GAUGAAAACUGAAGACUGAAGCAGGUCAGUGUUCCGGAUUGACCUCUCAGACUGACUUCAGAUCAGAAGAUGAGUGAUUGUGUGGAGGAAGAGGAGGACAGAGCAGAGCCUCCAGUCUCUGGCUGUCUGUCUAUGAAGAGUGAUCAGUCUAAAGAUGAUCCUCUGACCUUCAGUAAUGAACCUGGACCCUCAGAGUCAAAAGUUCAGUUCAGACAGAGAGCAGAGUCUCCAGUACCCAGCUGUCUGUCUGUGAAGAGUGACGGGUCCAUGUUGAAUCCUCCAGACUUCAGUAAUGAACCUGGACCCUCAGACACAAAAGUUCAGUUCAGACAGAGCGCAGAGUCUCCAGUACCCAGCUGUCUGUCUAUGAAGAGUGACGGGUCCAUAGAUCAUCCUCCAGACUUCAGUAAUGAACCUGAACCCUCAGACACAAAAAAGAAGAAGAGAAAAGAGGACUCAGUAAAACACUUGAACUUUACUCCUGUCUUCGACUUCUCUGAAUCCUUAUUGUUAGCUAUCUGUCAGUUUUUGCGUAAGUGCAACACGCAUCAGGGACAGAAUAGGAAUGUUUACUUUUACAACUCUGAAAUGCUGUGUUUGUCUCACACUUGUCUCUCUCUUUCAGCAGAUAGUGGUCCGCAGGAGGUUUUAUAUGAACAUAAGAUCAGUCUGAGGAGGAGAUGUGAACGUGUGACUGAAGGAACUGAUAAAACAGAAAGUGGAACCCUCCUCAGCAGGAUCUACACUGAGCUCUACAUCACAGAGGGACAGAGUGAAGAGGUUAAUACCCAACAUGAGGUGAGGCAGCUUGAGACAGCCUCCAAGAAGAAGACCCUCCAUGACACCCCAAUCAAGUGCCAGGAUAUCUUUAAAGCUUUACCUGACCAACAGGGACACAUCAGAGUUGUUUUGACGAACGGCGUCGCUGGCGUUGGAAAAACUUUCUCAGUGCAGAAGUUCACUCUGGACUGGGCAGAGGGCUUGGAAAACCAAGAUGUCAGUCUGGUGAUUCUGCUUUCGUUCAGGGAGCUGAACUUGAUCAGAGAUGAGCAGUACAAUCUUCUCAGGCUGCUCCAUGUUUUCCAUCCAACAUUACAGAAGAUCACAGCAGAGAAGCUUGCUAUCUGUAAAGUUCUGUUCAUCUUUGACGGCCUGGAUGAAAGCAGACUUUCACUGGAUUUCAAGAACAAUGAGGUUGUGUCUGAUGUCACCCAGAAGUCAUCAGUCAACGUGCUGUUGACAAACCUCAUCCAGGGGAAUCUGCUUCCCUCAGCUCUUGUCUGGAUAACUUCCCGACCUGCAGCAGCCAAUCAGAUCCCUCCUGCAUGUGUUGACAGGGUAACAGAAGUACGAGGCUUCACUGACGCCCAGAAGGAGGAGUACUUCAGGAAUAGAGUCAGUGAUGAAGAGCUUUCCAGCAGAAUCAUCUCACACAUCAAGACAUCCAGGAGCUUCCACAUCAUGUGUCUAAUCCCAGUCUUCUGCUGGAUCACUGCUACAGUUCUGGACCACAUGUUGACUACAGACCAGAGAGGAGAGCUGCCAAAGACUCUGACUGACAUGUACUCACACUUCCUGUUGGUUCAGACAAAGAGGAAGAAGCAGAAGUAUGGUGAGGAACGUGAGACAAGUCCACAGAAGCUGACGAAGGCUGACAGGAAAGUUCUUCUGAAGCUGGGGAGGCUGGCGUUUGAACAGCUGGAGAAAGGAAACAUCAUGUUCUACCAAGAAGACCUGGAGCGGUGUGGUCUUGAUGUCACAGAGGCCUCGGUGUACUCAGGAGUUUGUACAGAGAUCUUCAAAAGAGAGUGUGUGAUCUUCAAGAAAACAGUCUACUGCUUUGUUCACCUGAGCAUUCAGGAGUUUCUGGCUGCAGUCUACAUGUUCCACUGUUACACAAACAGCAACACAGAGGUACUGGAGGCCUUCCUGGGAGAAGACUACAAGCACAGAGAGUCAGACCCAGUGUCUUCUUUCAAGAACAUCUUUAAGCAUUUUGGAAGCAAUGCUAGUCGUGGCCCAUCUCUGGAUGUCUUCCUGAUGGGAGCCAUGGAGAAAUCCCUUGAAAGUAAAAAUGGCCACCUGGACCUGUUUGUUCGCUUCCUUCAUGGCCUCUCUCUGGAGUCCAACCAGAAGCUCUUAGGAGGUCUGCUGGGUCGGACAGACAACAGUCCAGAAAUCAACCAGAGAAUCAUCAACAACCUGAAGGAGAUGAACAGAGAUAAAACCUCUCCUGAAAGAAGCAUCAACAUCUUCCACUGUCUGACAGAGAUGAACGACCACUCGGUACAUCAGGAGAUCCAAGAGUUCCUGAAGUCAGAAAACAGGUCGGAGAAGAAACUCUCAGAGAUCCACUGCUCAGCUCUGGCCUACAUGCUGCAGAUGUCAGAGGAGGUUCUGGAUGAGUUGGACCUUAAUAAGUACAAAACAACAGACCAGGGACGACUGAGACUGAUUCCAGCUGUGAGGAACUGCAGAAAAGCUCAACUUUCUGACUGCGGACUCUCGGAUACUCACUGUGAAGUUGUGGCCUCAGCUCUGAAGUCCAACCCCUCCCAUCUGAGAGAGCUGGACCUGAGUGACAACGACCUGUAUGAUUCAGGAGUGAAUCUGCUGUUUGCUGGACUGGAGAGUCCAAACUGUAGACUGGAGACUCUCAGAUUGAUUAGCUGCAGUUUGUCAGAGAUCAGCUGUGCUUCUCUGGCCUCAGCUCUGAAGUCCAACCCCUCCCAUCUGAGAGAGCUGGAGCUGAGUAACAACAAGCUGGAGGCUUCAGGAAUGAAGCUGCUGUCUGAUCUUGUGGAGAGUCCACACUGUAGACUGGAGACUCUGAGAUUGAGGAGCUGCAGUUUGUCAGAGAUCAGCUGUGCUUCUCUGGUCUCAGCUUUGAAGUCCAACCCCUCCCAUCUGAGAGAGCUGGAUCUGUGUGGAAACGAGCGUCAGUAUUCAGAUGUGAAACUGCUGUCUGAUCUUGUGAGGAGUCCACACUGUAGACUGGAGACUCUGAGAUUGAGGGACUGCAGUUUGUCAGAGAUCAGCUGUGCUUCUCUGGCCCCAGCUCUGAAGUCUAACCCCUCCCAUCUGAGAGAGCUGGAUCUGAGUGGAAACAACCUGUAUGAUUCAGGAGUGAAGCUCUUUUGUGGGUUUCUGGAGAGUCCACACUGUAGACUGGAGACUCUGAGACUGGGAGACUGCAGGUUGUCAGAGAUCGGCUGUGCUUUUCUGACCUCAGCUUUGAAGUCCAACCCCUCCCAUCUGAGAGAGCUGGAUCUGAGAUACAACAAGCUGAAGGAUUCAGAUGUGAAGCAGCUGUUUUAUCUUGUGAAGAGUCCACACUGUAAACUGGAGACUCUGAGUUGGAGAUGCUUAUCUCUGUCAGAGUGAGUGAUCAGAAAAGUGGAUGUGUUGAGAGGAUCAGCCGUGUCCUGAUGAUCCACAGAGGUUCACCACCUGGACCUGCAUCUUAUUUUGUCUUUUUUAUUCAUUCAUAUAUUCUGAACCCAAAGUGCCUCUGCAGAACAGUUUAUAUAGAUGUUCAUUUAAAUAGAUCUCUCUGCUAUGCUUUGUGUUGCACCUCCACCCUGUGUAACGAUGGAGUUUUGCUGUUUAUUUCCACAUAUUUCUAAAUAACAGUGGAAGUUGAUAAAGUUACCUUUCUAAACCCAAUACAAGCCAUUUCUCAUAUUAUAAAAGAUAAAUAUUUGCUUGUAACAAACAGAAAGAAUUAGAUAAAACCUGAAUUCAAUCAAGGCUUCAGUGAAGUUUCUCAACUGACUACAAACAGAUUAUGGGUGUUAAGUUCAAGUAAACAGACUAAUACAGGAAGUUCAAGUAAUUAUGUUGUGCUUUCAUUUUGGGGAACUCCUCUAAGAACUCUCUCUUUGAGGCUGACUUCAGGGGAGUGUUUUCAGGGAGUACACCUGAAACUUCAGCCACAGGUCUCCAGCUGGUUUCAGUUAGCUUGUUGGGCUGAACCAAUGCCAGGGAAGAGAGGGGAGAGUGGGCUAGAGGGGUUUGUUUAAGUUGGCUUUCUUUUGAUAUUUCUUCCAUUUAUCAUGCAUAUUAUUCAAUCUGUAUUAUGUAAUCAUUUGUAUGUUGUUUAUGUAAAUAUUAAAGUUAUAUUGUACAAGUUAAA